AUGCUCUCUCUAGUGGAUGGGGCAUUCCGAUUGCACAACACCCACGCGCCACCAGAUCGCACAACAACAGCUAUCCCAGGAGGUAAUGUACGACAUGAUAGCCCGAUGGCCCCAAACACUGGAGUUGAUGCAGCACCUUCAACGAGCAGGGAUCCCUCUCUGCUCACGCCACAAUAUGUCUACAACGGUUUGUCCUUGCCUACCACCGAGCUUCUAUCAUUGAUACCCCCAUAUGAAGCUGCGAGCUUGCUCGUGGACACGUACUUUGACCGCGCCCACUGGUUCAUGUUGAUCUUCCAGCAAGAUGACUUCCGGCAGCGAUGGCCGAAGCUCUAUCAGCGCCACCCUGGCCGACCAGCAGAAUACUCCAAUGCCGCGUUUUUGUCCACCUUUCUCGUGGUGAUCGCCAUCGGGAUUCAUUACGUGGGCCCAUAUCGGCGAUCAUUACUAACCAGACACGGCGUCGAUUCAAGUCUGAAAGACCGUAUCCUGUCUUGUGUAAGAGCCAAACUGUUGGACGUUAUGUCGCUCGGCUCGCUGGAAGCAGCGCAGAGCUGCGUACUGCUAGGAACUUACUACUUGUACCAUGGUUCCCCCCGUCUGGCAUGGCCUGUGUGCGGUUGCGGACUCCGCAUUGCACAGGCCUUGCAUCUGCACCGCCGGUUACGGCCUUCGGGGUCCCCUGAUUUUCGCCAGCAGUAUGAAACACGGAAGCGGUGUUGGUGGGCUAUCUAUGAGAUCGAGACUUUCUCUGCCGUGGUAUACGGCUACCCACACAGUAUUUGGGAUGCUGAUUGCGACGUGGAGCCCUUGGACCCAUCAGCAAAGCUGCAAGUUAUGCAAUGUUCGAGGAUACCCGAUGACCUUCAGGCGCCCAAAACGACGUUGCUGUAUUACAAACGCCUCAUGUCUGAGCUAUCUGUGGUAACUAAAGCAGCCCUGGGGGAGUUGUAUCGCACCAAGCCUUCUCUAGUAGAAGAUGGUAAACCGAUCAAGUCACGACGGGACUUACAGGACACCCUCCAAGCAGUGGCCAAGUACAAUAGUCGCUUACAGCAGUGGCAAGCCAAGCUUCCCCUCGAACUUCAAUGGGAUCGAACUUCCGACCAGGCGAAUUACUCAACCCCAGAGGAAAUAGAUCGCGAUAUCGGAGCGACGGGGCCGCGCUUCGAGAGCCACAUCUAUCAGCUCCAGGCUAUGACUUUGAUGUUGGCGUACGAGAAUGCCAUGAUUCUUACGCACAGGCCUCUUCUGUCUUACAAGCUGCACAGCAGCACAGACUCUGAGACUCUCCGAGCGGGCUCGGACCAAGCUGAUCAGCCAAAGCCCAACCCAUUCGUCUCGUCAUUCGAGGCUUGUCGCACUGCAGCGCUGAGAAUGUCCUCUAUCCAGUCAAGCCCAAUUCUGAAGCUUGUCGCCGAGACCUACGCUGUGACCUUCGUCAGCAUACAUACCUUUACCGCGGGAGUUACCUUGGGUAUUCUGUGCAGCAUGGAUCCCUUGAACCAGCAGUCCAGUGCUUCCAAGCUAGCGCUGCAAAAUGUGAUGGAGAUACAGGAGACGCUAAAAUCGCGCUCGGUGGUGGCGGAGCAAGGACUAGACAUCCUCCAGCGACUGACCAAGCUUGUAAUGCAGAAGGAGCUAGACGUGCUGUUGGGCAAGAAUAAACGCACGACUACGCUUUCAAAUAGCCCAAGUAGACCAUCUGUGCAAGCUUUGCCGGACGAGCUGCAAGUUGUCUCUGGGAAUGUGACAUCUCAGGUCUCUACUACGGAGGGCGUCGCGACUCUUGACCGUGGUGCUCCCAGCGCCCUACCGAGUCCAGAUGACAUUUUGUACACCAAUGACCCUGCAAUGACGGAUGCCUUGCACGAUUUUGACCAAGCAUUGCUAUCCUAUGCCCCCCAACCUUGCGGAGAACAGGAAGAGACGGCAGAAAACCCGAUUCUGUGGCCGCCAACCCUGGACGGCUUUCCGAUCCUGGAACAGACGUGGCUAUGGGAUCUCGACCAUGAUCCCUUGUUUCAUGGUGACCUCGGAACUUGA